ACUUCCUCUUUCCUCUCCCUCGCCCUCUCGACAUUCAUUUUACCGAAACAAAAACAAGAAAUGGACAUGUCAACAUUCAAGAUUUCAAAGACCCUUUCUUUACUUCAAAAUAUACAUCUUUGAUUCUUAAAGAUCGUAUCUUUAUCAGUUUUAAAAUGGUUUUCAACCCGUGAAGGGCUGCUAAGUUCUGUUUGGUGUGCGUUUGUUUAAUUAAUUAGAGUAGUUAGUUAGUUAAUGAGGUUUAAAUUUUUAUUAUUUAAGUUGUUGGGCUCUCACUUUCCUGUUCAGGUUGUUUGUUAGUAUUUCUCUACAAAAAUGGGGGCUUGACUCCAUUUGAAGCAAACCCUUUUGUUCUUGUUUGUUUUACACUCAUGGGUUGUUUUGCUUUUGUUCUUAAGAGUCGUUUUUUGGAGAAGAUUUCUGUCUUUGAACUUGGUUGGAGUUGAUGGUUUUUGGGUAUUUUGAUAUGGUUAAUUUAGAGGGUUUUUUAUGGAGGAGAGGGUUAGGUACUGUGGGUUGGAUUUUUUGGUUAUGGUUUGUGCUCUUGGGUUUGUUACAGGCAGUGGUGGGCUUAAGGCCAUUGAGAGAGCGUGCACAGUCGUGGAGCGAUGAGUGGCUAUUUAUUAGAAAAGAUGAAAAUGAUUUGGGCCCAUUUUCCAUGUGGAACAUAACGGGAACUUACCGAGGGUCUUGGAAAUUUCUUGAUUCUGCAAAUAGCUCUUCCAUGUUCCCAGAUUUCAGGAAAUCCAAUGGUGAUUCUGUCAUUGAAUUAGUCAGCACACCAACAAAGAUAAAUGGUGUGCAUUAUGUCCAGGGUGUAAUAAUUUUCCAUGACGUGUUUGACAACAAACACAAUGCUGGUGGUGCUCAAAUAAGGGUAGAAGGUGUAUAUAUAUGGCCUUUUAGACAACUUCGAAUGGUAGCUAACAGUGGUAAAGAGGGAGAAUUCAGCCAAGAAGAAGAUUAUAUGUUAUCUAAUCCAUAUCAUUUGCUUGGAGUAUUUUCAUCUCAGGUGUUCUUAGAUUCUCCUCAAAAUAAAAUAUGGAGAAGGAAAAAUUGGCCAAUUUAUGAGAUGGAGAAGCAUUGUAAUAUUGAAAUUGCCGCCCAAAUUACACGCUUGUCAUCUGUCCAAAGUGAUGGAGACUGUGAUCGUUUCCAUAUUGAAGGAUUAAUGGAGAGUCCUGCUGCAGACGAUGAAGGGGAUUGCUUCUCACCUUUACUACUAAAUGCUACUUCUGUCAACAUUGAAGUCUACUAUAACAAAGCAGUGAACUAUACCUUGAUGGUCACCUUUGUCUCAUUCCUUCAAGUUCUUUUGCUGAUUCGGCAAAUGGAACAUAGUAACACUCAAUCAGGGGCUGCCAAAGUUUCAAUUUUAAUGAUUGGGCAGCAAGCCAUCAUGGAUGCUUAUCUUUGUCUUCUACACCUAACUGCAGGAAUACUAGUUGAAUCCUUGUUUAAUGCUUUUGCAACUGCUGCAUUUUUCAAGUUUGUAGUCUUCUCAAUUUUUGAGAUGAGAUAUCUUCUUUCUAUAUGGAAGGCAGGCAGGCCUAUGAAUAGUGGUGAAGGUUGGGAGACAAUGAGGCGUGAACUAUCAGUUCUAUAUAGUCGUUUCUAUGGGAUCCUGUUGGGAGGCAUUCUAGUUAUGUAUGAGUUCCAUAAUUAUCUUCGAUCCAUUCUUUUCUUAAUGUACUCUUUUUGGAUACCUCAAAUAUUCACCAAUGUCAUUCGUGACUCGAGAAAACCUUUGCAUCCCCAUUACAUCUUAGGCAUGACUGUUACUCGUCUAGCAAUCCCAUUGUAUAUAUUUGGAUGCCCUAACAACUUUAUGAGGACUGAGCCUGACAAGACAUGGUGUUUAUAUUUGGGUGUAUUCGUUGGACUGCAAGCGUCAAUUCUUCUUCUUCAACACUAUCUUGGGUCUCGAUGGUUCAUUCCUCGCCAGAUCCUACCUGAGAAAUAUUUCUACUAUAGAAGGUUUGAUCAGGAAUCGAAUCACACCACAGACUGUGUCAUUUGCAUGACUGCAAUUGACCUCACGCGGCAUUCUAAUGAUUGCAUGGUAACUCCAUGUGAUCAUUUCUUUCAUUCCGGUUGUCUACAAAGGUGGAUGGAUAUCAAGAUGGAAUGCCCAACUUGCCGGCGUCCACUACCACCAGCAUAGGGAGAUUAGUACACUUGUUUAUAUUACUUAAGGGGUUUGAUUGACAUUGCCCAACUUGUUAAUUCUGGUUGGGAGAAACCCAUAUUUUGCAUGGGUACAGCUUCAGAAGAUACCUGAUAUAGAGGCAUAAGCAAUGACGAACUUUAACUGAUGCUACUCACUUUGUAUUUGACACAACUUGUAUUAACUGUAUAAUGUAUUAUUACUUGAAAGCUUUACUAAUGCAAAUUAUUUUCAAUUUUAUCA